AUGAAAAGCUUGGAAAACUACCAACAGCUUGAGGUCCUCGACUUGAGUCAGAAUCACAUUGAAGAUAUUAGCAACAUUGCUUUCUAUCAAAAUCUUUGGAAAGUGGAUCUGAGUUUUAACAAGAUUACAUGUCUAGAUGGUUUAACACCCUUCAUUGCUCUGGGUUGCCUCAACUUGUCUCACAAUCAAGUUUCUUGGUCAGAAUUAUUAAAAAUUAGACACAUUCAAAUACUGGACCUGAUGCUUUUUGGUAAUCCAAACUUAGAGAAAGAAAAACUCUAUCGUAUUCACUUGAUUGACAGUCUACCUAAUGUAUGGAUGCUGGAUGGAAAACUGGUCACAGCCAGUGAACAUCUGGAAGUUGAACAACUGUUUAAGAUGGCAAAGGAACAAGGACUAGCACUAUGGCACAAACUGCCAAAAAACAAAUUCUUCCCUUCUUACCUACGGCAUCUUCAGAUAAAUGGGGCUUUUGGAAAAAAGGCAUGUCACCUGCUCAUGCGCUUCCCACAGAAAACGUCACUAAACAGUGAAAUAGACAGGAAGAGACUGAAAUAUUUGGCAUACAGUAUGCAGGGAAAUCUCCAGUUGGAACUGAACCGCACUGAGAAAUUAGAAAUCUACCAAAACAUUUUUGAAGGACUCUUGGAAGCCAGGCAACAAAAUCAGGAAAACAGUAACAUUCUUUUUCUUUUACUUCUGGUGUCACUAGAAUUUCAUCUUCCAACACAGGUUAUUGUCGACAUGUUGGCCUUAACCAGCUUACACAAAUAUGGGAAUCAUCUCAGUAUUGAUCUGUUCCUGCUACCAAGAACCAUUCGUUGUCUCGUGGUUAUUUUACUACUGAAUGCCAUCAAAGUUGACAAUGAGGAAGACAGUGUAAGUGAACCUAACUUCUUUCUCUCAGACAUUUACCAAUAUAUAAAGAAAUUAACUCUUUUGUUACUAAAUUCCUGUCGAAAUAUACUGCCUGUGAAUCAUCUCAGUAUUGAUCUGUUCCUGCUACCAAGAACCAUUCGUUGUCUCGUGGUUAUUUUACUACUGAAUGCCAUCAAAGUUGACAAUGAGGAAGACAGUGAGGAAGGCAUUUAUGAUGAUUUAUUCCUUUAUGUUUACAACAAUGUCCCAGACUUGUUGAAACUCAUUGAUCACAGGUGCGACAGUUUGAGAAAAGUAUCCUCCAACUCAAGUUACAAAGAUUACAGAUCCCUUCUUUCUGCUGAAAUAUGUCAAAUUUUACUCUUGGUGCCAUCAUUCUACCAACAUAUCAAGCUUAAAGAUCCAGGUUUAAUCAGUUUGUUGAGGGAAGCCACAAAUGAAAAGGAUGUGUGCAGUAUUAUAAAUGAUGUGUUUAAUGAUAACUCUGAACAACAGAAGACAGAGACCCUGGAAGACAUGGAACAAAGUGAUGAACACUGGUCUCAGGACACUGAACCUCAUGGAGAUGACAAAGGGCCAGGAUGUCAGGUGAUAUGCAGUUCUCAAGGAGAACUGUCUACCUCAGUGAAACUAAGUUCUGGAAACACUGCAAUGAAAGAAGUAGAAGAAGGAGGAGAAGAAGAAGACGAAGACAGAUUGAAUUCGAAGCAGAAUUCUCUUAGAUUAGUUCUCAGCUCAUUGAUUCAGAAACAGCUGAAGGUUGUGACAUCAAAACAACUGGUUUUGACACCAUGUGAACAUCUGCUUAACUCUAUCAAGACCCAAAUCUUUGAGGAUAAUGGCAUAUCAAGGCAAAAACAGAAACAACAAAGACAAGAGAGUCAAGAUCACCUGAAAUAUCAGAAAGAACAUUAUGAAAAUGCAGCACAGAGUAGGCCGGAAUAUUCAGAAAGUUUAGUGUUUGAGAGAGUAGAGCGAAGGUGUCUAAGGAGUCCAUUUAGAAGUUUUUCUGCAAGAACCAACAAAUCCAAACUUUGCUUUUAUAAAAGCAAUAAAGAAUUAGUUAAGCAAAGUAGCAGUGAAGAAAUUAUGUCCCCUGCUGUCUGUGAUAAGCAGCUGAAUACAGAUGAUACGCAACAAGAAAGCAAAAUGAAAAUAAUUGUAAAUGUUGACAGUAAAUAUAUACCAAAUACUGAAUAUGUGAAAAUGAACUCUGGCAGUAACCUGAAGUACAAUUCUUCAAAAUUUGAUUAUAAAGAGGAAUUAUUAAUUCUAAAUGUUAACCAUUUAUCAGAGAGAAAGAAUGUAUUUCCUCUUCACACUAGUCAGUUUGUCUCUAAACCCAAGAAGGCUAAUCAAAAGACUGACCAAAGGAAAAGUCUUAAUCACAGACCUGCUACAACAGCAGCAUGUUUUAGGAAUUUCUCAGAAGUGAAUACUCCAGAAGGAAAUUCUGAACAUGCCAUUCUACAUCAAUAUCUGUUAAUGAUAGCAAAUGGAACGACCAACAUUCAAACAAACGGUAACAGUAUUCUACCACCACAACAACAACAACAGCAAAUCUCUUCAAUGGAGAAGUGUCACCAAGGAAUAUUUUGUGGUUAUGAAAUCCCUUCUGAUUCCAAGAUUGGUGUGAAAACAAGUGUAGAAGGAAAAUAUGUUCAUCUACAGUCUGGUCAUUUCUGGUUGGCUAAUGGACGGAAUGUUUUUGAAGAGCAAAGACUCCUUGAGCUGAGGUUAAAGAACAGCUAUAUCCCAGGAUGGAAACAGGAAAUGGAUUACUGCAGACCAAAAACAGAUUCUAAGAAACAGACACACAGGUUGAACAACUCUACUCUGAGGCCCUCGACAACCAUCCAUCUCUGAGCUUUUAGAUUUUGCAUGAAUUAUGCACUUGAAAGUGGACACCGAGUGAAAUACUAGACUUCAUUUAGAAGACAUCCUAAGGUAAUUUCUGUUUAAGCCAUUUCAGAUCCUACUGAACCGUAGCGGUAGUUGUUGCCUUAGGUUGUUGCCUAAGGUCAGAUUUAUUCAACAUUGUAUCUCACCUCCUUCUGCUCAAUAUUUAAUUUGAACUUCGGACUUCUCUCCCUUGAUCGGAAUCAUUAACGUUAUACAGAUAGUGCAUCUUCUGUGAAAACUUACCUGACCAGGGGGGGGGGAUAUUACUUUUCUUGCAAACAUUUGUGUAGGAAAUCUUCCUCAGUGAAUUCCCUUGAGCCAAGGCAGACAUGAAAGAGGCUUUCUCAAGUUGUUGUUGAAAUGCAAAAUGUACAAAGCUGCUGAGAAAUGUGCAUAGAAAGUACAAUGCAAUAUUUAUGGCUUAGCACUGCAACAAGUGAUAUUGCCCCUAUUGUGGCAAUAAAUGGUGACACAGAAAUAGCAGAAGGAAACCUGAAAAUGAAAGUGACUUAUUGUCAAUAAUAUAUUGUCUGGAUUUAACUGACAAUCAAGUUAACAUGAGUAUGCUUGACAAGUUAGUCUUCAUUAGUUGCUUUUAUUAUUUUAAAACAGGACCAUGUCCACUAACAAAGCAAAACAUAUAAUCCAUUAAUCUGUUAACCAAACAGGGGGGAGGGGCAGUGUAGUCAACAACAAAAUUAUUUGUUACUGAAAAAAAAAAAAGGGACAAGAUAUUAAAAAAGAAGCAUUAAAUUGAAUGGAGCCCUCAGCACCAUUUUAUUUGUGAGGAAUUGUAUAUUAAAGCAUUUACCUCUUAUACAACCUUCACACAGUUCGUCAACAACAAGAAACAAAGUAGACAUUUGGGAAUAAUAAUUUCAUUUGAAUUAAUUUUUAGUAGUUUUCAACUCAAAAAAAAAAAAA